GCAUCCGCCAUUUUCCUUUCGGGCAUGAAUCCACCAGUAGCUGAGAAUUUCUAGCAACUAACCUCCUGACAGCGUCCGGUUCAACCACCACAACCAUCACACAUGUAGUUUUCUGUUGCGGUUUAACUUUUCUUCCACUGUUUAUUUAACGCUUGUAAAAACGUGUGUCUUAGCAAAAUGCUAGCUUUUGGGCAGCAUAAGCUUCUCUGUGGGGACUAACUAAAGGACCAGAACGUCGUUUUAUUUCAGUACAGGCCCAUUAUCGAUGAGAUAUGCGAAAAUUAAAUUACACAUUUUUACACGUUUUGUCUAGAAGCGGUUGUUUUAUCCGUGUUGCACUGUCAGCUAAUUGAAUAUUUCCGGAGCGCCACCUGCUGGGCCUCCAGCUGAAUUGCAGCCAGUUUCUCGGGGAUUGGGCUCUGUCAAUACAUGUAACAGUGGGUCUGUCAGUAACGUUUAAUAAUUGUCCAUGCAGCUAUUGUUUAUUCAGCGGCAGGUGAAUCAACAGGUUAACGUGUGAUGGCGUUUCGUGACAGUUCAAACCGACGUUUACACUAAACACCCACUCACGCCGUGUGAGGAUGCUGCCUAGUCAACUGGCUAUAAGCAGCAGCUGCGCCUGCGGGCAGGCUGCCGUUAGCCUCGUUUUAUUAGCGUGAUUUUUUUUGAGAUGGCGGUUAGCAUGUGGAGUUUACCAGUGACGUUUUGCUGCAAAUAGUCAGCGAGGCUCCAUGUAAAACAACAGAAUCUCGGCUCAUCGAAGAUUUCGCUGACCAUGGAUCCGACCUGCAGUGGGUCUGUGGCUCCAGCCGGUUUGACGGUCCAGGUGUGCUUCCCAGGCGCCAGAGCAGCUGUUUUGGACAAUCUGAACCGGCAGCGGGAGGAAGGCAGGCUUUGCGAUCUCUCCAUCCAGGUGCAAGGUCAAGUGUUCAGGGCUCACCGCUGUGUCCUCGCUGCAUCCUCACCUUACUUUCAUGAUCAGGUGUUACUGAAAAAUGUUACAACUGUCUCCCUGCCCUCAGUCAUGGACCCAGUUGCCUUUGAGAGCGUCCUGAGUUCUGCGUACACUGGCCAGCUGAGCAUCGUGCAUGACGAUAUCGUCAACUAUGUCACCGUGGCCAGUUUCCUGCAGAUGUGGCACAUCGUGGACAAAUGCACCGAGAUCCUAAAGAGGCCUCGGUCCUCAGCAGAGGGCGCCUCUGGGGAGGCUGCCGCCGCAGCUCACCCCAGCUCUGCAUCUCGCCAGCAGUCCCCGAGCAGCACGGAGUGCCUGUAUGCAGAAAGAGAGGGAAGGAGGAGGGAGAAGAAGCCAGAUUCACUGCCUCCUUUGGCUACAUGGAGACGCCCACAGCAGUUCUCAAGAUGGGGACGCCCUCGACCCUCGUCAGCCCAGCACUUGGCUGAUUCACAGCUGGACAGCCUUCCUGGCUAUGUGGAGACUGAUUACACCAGCUGCGAGGAGACAUGGGUAUCGUGCAAUGCUAAGACGAGUCACUUUACUCACGACGGACCUGGACACAAUGCCCGGCACCAUGGGGGGUUUUCAGGUGCUGAGGCUUUAAAGCAGAAAGUCAGAUUUCAACAACGGGGGGCACCACAGACCUCUGAUCGACCACUCGAUAAGAAUAGAGAGAGUGGGGACGGUGAUGAGACGCAGGAUAAGAGGAGGAGUGAGAGAAGAGAGAUUGAGGCGGAUGAAGGAGUAGGAGAAGAGACGGGGAAGAAGGAAGGCUUUGCACAAAUGGGACACUGUGCAGACUUUCACUCAGUUUCGAAUGAAAAUGACGAAGCUGGACAUGCUGCAGGGAAGCAGAGUGCAGACGUGACAAAGCAAAGAGAUUUGGUAGGAAGCGAUCCAGCCACAGACCUGCCCAGUCUUCAUGGUUGCCAAACAGGUGACGCAGUUCCAGACCCUUCCUGCCCGUCCUCAGCCAGGCUUCAGUGGCAAACAGGUGCCUGGUCUCAGCAAGAGCAGAGGCCUCAGGAAGGAGAGGGCGGCAGCUGCAGUAAAGAUGAGGAUGAUGAAGAGGAGGAAGAGGAUGUGGAUUUUGAAUGUUUCACAGAAGCGACCUAUAGGAGAGGCACUUACGAUGAGAUUGAAGAUGGCACAGGACAGGUUUCCCAGCGGCCUUUGGUCCCCGUGUCUCCUGACUUUACAGUGGCGGGCGCGGAGGUGAAUUGGCAGGGUGGCUCUUUGGCCCCUACCUCCAGUCGCCAUCUGUCCUCAUCUUCUGCUGCAUUUCCACCACCCCCUUCACCUCCAACCCCAUCUUCAUCAUCCUCAGUGUCCCUCGCUGCUGCGCCCUACACGGGUAAAGUACACUUCUGCCACUGUGGGAAAGCCUACACCCUGAAGAGUAUGCGAGACCGGCAUGUGAAGAUGCAGCACCUCAAUUUACGGCCCUUUGGGUGUCCCGUUUGCACAAAGUCCUUCAAAAUGAAGCACCAUCUCACUAAGCACCUUAAAACCCACGGAGGGCUGCGGCCCUAUGAAUGCAGCCUCUGUGGGAAGAAAGUCAUUUGGAGAGACAGCUUCCUGAGACAUCAGGCCCGAUGUGAGAGACUUGCUUCCAGCUCCUCGGCGAACAGCAACAGUGCAAGCGCAGCAGCAGAUAUGGAUGAUGGCUACAGUUAUGGAUUUGAUGAAGGGGAAGCCUUUCUCCCCACUGGAGGACAGGUGAAAGUUGAGGAAGUGGAUUUUCAUAAGGAGAUAGAGGAUGGGAUGGGUGGGCUUUUGGGUAGUGUUUCUGGGAUAGUUGCUGAGCUAAGAACCCAGACACAAAACUUGGACCCUGGCAGUCACGUUUUUAAAGAGGAGGCCAGCGAGAGCUUUACCUGAAAUUAAACGUUUAUGUGGAAAACAGUGAUUUAAAGCACUUACUGUAAAGGUUGAAGAAGGAUUUUGCUUAAAUUGCCAUGAAAUGUCAUCCGAUCUUCACACAAUCUGAAUAAACGAAGAACACAAGCAGUUAUACUUUUCAUGCUUUUAUUUAUGAAACAUUGAGCAAUCACUCAGUGCUGGAUGGAAAGAAUAAGCGAACCUUUGUGCUAAUGAGUUCUCAGAAAAGCUGCUUGGAGUCAGGUGUUCCAAUUAAGGCAAUGAGAUUUGACUUGUGGGAUGUAGAGGCACUUGUCCCUAUAAACAAAUGUGUACAAAGUCUGAUUACUUACAAAGCUUUUUCUGAAAUUUAUAUAAAGUGGAAAUAUAGGACUGGCACUACUCUUUUUCCAAAGGCCACAGAGACCACAAUAUAUCUGCAAACAAUAUAUUUACACUUACUAAAAUAAUUAAAAGAUAUACAGAAAACUUGUAGAAUAACAAAUAGUGUUAAUGGAAGAAUUCUGCUAAGUAAAUAAGUUUGCAAAAGACCAGAUGGAUGUUCCAAAACAGUUCUGUAAUAAUUUUCUGAGCACAGUUGAGACAAAAGUCAGUCUUACCAUCCACCAACUGGAUGCUUUGCAGGCAUUGAGAGAGUAAUACGCUUAUAAUUGUUUUUUUUGUUUUUUUUACCAGAUUUCGCCCUGGAGCGGCAGUUCUAAAUCUGAUGCUUAGAAGAGUUUGGGAAGAUGCAGUAAGACAGGAAAUAUUAUUGGCCUCAAUGCUGUUAAUGUUUGUACAACUAAAUAAAUUCAAUAGUUUACUUACCGUUUUAGAAUAAACACUGUGCGAUUACUCAAUGUGUUCAAUAAAGACAUGAAAAGUACAACUGAUAUUUUCCGAGUUUGAUCAGAUAUUUAGUAAUCAGUUAAAGUGUUGGUGAUCCCAAAGGAUUCGUCAGCUUUCUGCUGUAUGUACAUACCACUUUAAAAGAUGGAAAUGUAUAACACAACAAAUCUUUGAGCCAAUGCUUCAGUUUUGUCCUUUACAUGUGCAUUAUUUACAGGCCAUGGUUAUUUUGAAAAACAUGAAACAAAAUAUUCUAAUUUCAAGUGAUCCUUUUUUAUUUUGCAGCUUCACAUAGGCUCAGUUUUUGUUUAGUGAUGCUUUAAACUCUACCAAGCAGUGUUGUGAAUGUACUUCUCACAUUUUGCACAUAAAUUAUUUGCCAUUAACCUUUAACAUAAAAUGAACACAAGGAUAAAAAUGCUUUUUUCCCGUGCCAUGCUGAUGUCACUUAUGUGAAGAAAAAACAAUAUCAUGGUAAUAAAAGUAGUUUUGGUGAUCUGUGAUCAUUUUAAAA